CGAAUGUGUGCUGGGCUGUCUGUUCAGCGUCGACGUUGUAUCGGGACUUGACUGACGGGCUCUGCAAGCCUUUCAUUGUGGUACACGUUCCCUGUGUCCUACAACCUCACAGUGACAAGCCAUCUUUGACAGAGAAAGUGGGAACUACUGCGCCGCCCAAAAUUGUUGGAUUUGGAUGUACAUUUGAUCAGUUUCACACGAAAGACGAGGGAGUUUAUCGGAGGUCGUCACGCAUGGGUUGUGUUGAAGUUAUUUACUUUUUAAAACUCACGGAUCCUUUACACUGACGGUAGGUGUACGAGCUCUAUGUAGCCCUACAAACAGAUUUCGUUGGUAUUGUUGUUGAUGUCGCAGUUGUAAACGCUGACGUUUCAACAUGCGGUGUCAGUUUUGUGUAUUGGUUGUGCUGACGCUGUCUGGGGCAGUGUCUAGCUCAAAGAAAGAUAUUCAGAUUGAUGGAUGUUCGUUCAAGAGCGGCGAGUGCUCCUACACCAUACAACUCUCCAACAUUGACGGGUACAGCUGCAAGAGCAUGGUGGGACAACCGCUAGGGCGAAGCAUGACACAGCUCCUUGGGGUCGACGGUCAAGCGCAAAAUGACGUCGUUACCAAAGUCGACUCAAUCAAGGAAAACUUUGAACAGGUUAAAGAAAAACACGAGGUAAGGAUUAAGGAGCUGGAGAACUCUGUACAGGAGUUAUUGGGCACUGACAAACGGCCAUACGAUAGGCGGAAGACCGUCCCUAACUUAACGGGUAAAUCCUCCGCUUCUCGGGACCGGGUUCUGUCUGGUCUGACUCGGAAUUUUGAAUAUUUAAGAGAGCAGAUAAAAAGAAAAGAGCAUGAUUUGCUACAAACAGAGGUAAGGUUAAAUGAAACCCGCAAGUCGUUGAAUGACGCCCAACGGGAAGUCCUAAACGUCAACCAGCGUCUCCUUCACGCCGAUAACAAGAUCGCUUCCCUGACUCCGCGAGAGAUCGAUUCUGAAGAACCAGCUAAAGGACAAAACCUUCAAACUUGGGAAAUCUGAAAAGAAUCUGAAUGAAUCAACAGCGAAAGCAGGGUCGCUUGAAAACCGACUUCUGGGAGUAAUAAGGAGUGAGAAUAUUGCGAGCGAGGAUCUGUCUACUUGUAGGAUUCUGUUGAACGAAUCUGCUGCCAAUAAUCUGAAGGGUAAAACAAGGUACUCCGAGCUGCGACGCCGUCAUGACGUCACCAAACAUGAACUGAAGAUCAGAGAAAGGGAGCUCAUCAACUGCUACUCAGCUAAAACUGCCUCCUUUUGUGGGUUUGAAGACCCUUAUGACUGCGGCUUUAUCCAGACCAACGACUCCGACGUCUUCAAUUUGAUAUACUAGAGAGCCAAGGGGUUGAUAACCCCUCGGGCAGCACCGGGCCUUCUAAAGAUCACACCUGUGAUGCGAACACAGGUCAUUUCAUGUACAUCGAGGCGUCCGCCAAGGCAAGAGGAAACAACGCCAUCAUUUUCUCCCCGCUAUACCGCGGCAUGGAGCAGCAGUGUGUGGGCUUCCAUUACCACAUGUACGGUAGACACGUCGGCACACUCAACGUCUACGCAAAGGCACGGGGAUUCCAGGUGACAUCCGUGUGGCGAGCGUUUGGUAACCAAGGUGACUGGUGGAUCAUCGCGAGACUCGCCAUUCCAAGACAGCUGGCCCGGGCGGGAUACCAGAUCGCCUUCGAAGGUAUCACCGAGAAAGGCUACCAAGGCGACAUCGCCAUUGACGACAUCUCCGUCGAAGACGGUCCAUGCCCAGUCGACUCCAACGCUGUGGCCGUCGUCGUAAAGGUGGACACGUCACAACUGGACAAAGAUUCGAUGAAGUUGACGAGGAGGUCGAGGAAGGGGAGGAAGAAGAACAAGAAGGGAAAGAAGAAGGGGAAGAAAAGGAUAUCAAGCGAACAAAAUAAGUCUUAAAUCUCGAACCUGUGUUAGAAGUGGUUGACAGUGCGAAGACGUUAAACAUGUGGCGAUUGUGCUGUUUCAUGUUGAUUUAGACCGACGUCGAACUGAUGUAUCGUGGAAUAAACACCGGCCUACUGGCUAUAUUCGGACAUGUUUGUGAGCUUCAUUUCCAUAUGAAAUGUACCAACACUAUGUGUUGACUGAAAUCAAUUACCAGGACGUGACGAACACAGAGUGUGAAGGAUAUACAUUGAUACCAGUGAAUGUUCAAGGGUCAUUGAGAGUCUGUGCUGAACAGUGUGAACAGUUGACAAGCAGUUUUGGGUUGGUUUCAUGGAGGAUUGAAUCUAUUAACAGUUCUUAUUGGAAUGUAUACUAUUGUCAAAUGUACUGUCAACAAUGUUCUGGUGAAAUUAUUCGAGUUAUCCGACGUUCGAUACAACCGAAGGAAUACGCUUCGAGAAAACAAUGUUCGACACAAGGGUAUUAGACUGUACACGAGUCGACCAAUGUGACAUUAGAUGAUGUUUAACGCAGCUUGAAGAGUCUCACGCAUAUGUUAUGAGUGAUUCAACUAUGAUGGACUGGUUGCCUUAACGGUGUAAACUUCUGGGCGUUUUUCGUUUUUGUGUUCAUGCAUUUCUUUUAAAGACAGCUGCUGUGAUUGCGUUAGCAGACUCAUUCCGUAAUGGCCGCAGAUGGUGGACUGGUACCAUGGUGUCUGUCUCCGACAAGCGGAAAUGAUUCACCAAUGGGUGUUUUCAACACAUUUCACCCUCGUGGUUAUCUCAUUACACAUGCUUCUUAGGAAUUUGGUAAAUUUAGGCUUUCGAGUUUUGCUUGAGGAGACACAGAGAGCUUGUGCUUUUUUUGUGGCUUGGUGGUCAGUGAUUAUUGUAAGUUCAAAUCUUAGGGUUGUAGUUACAGUCCGUAUGAUUUCAUUUGAGGCCGAUAAAUUGAAGGUAAUCAACAAGCGGGUGUAGUGAAAUUUCAAUUUCACACGUGCAACUCACACACCUGGCUGUUCUAGCAGCAAA